AUGGCACCCCGCUCCAGACCGUUUAUGCAAAUCGAUGUCUUCCCGUCCUCCAGGCCGCUAUCUGGAAACCCAGUCGCAGUUGUGCUAGACAGUGAUGGGCUCUCUGACGAAACAAUGAAGAACUUUGCUUCUUGGACAAAUCUAUCUGAGACUACUUUUGUUCAACCUGCAACUGAUCCCCAGGCGGAUUACAAGCUACGAAUUUUUACUCCCACUCGCGAGCUUCCGUUUGCAGGCCACCCAACCCUUGGCAGCUGCAAAGCCUGGCUUGAAAAUGGAGGAGAACCGAAAAAAUCUGAUCAGAUUGUUCAAGAAUGUGGGAUCGGCCUGGUCACCAUCAAACGAGAUUCGUCGACAGGCCGACUGAGCUUUGCUGCACCGGAGUUUCUGCGCGAGGGGGAUGUUUCUGCAGAAGACCUCAAGCGCAUGUGUGAUGCCAUGAGCAUUGACACAAACCAGGUCCUAGCGAGCCAGUGGAUUGACAAUGGCCCGGGAUGGGCGGGCCUACUACUCGACUCAGCCGAUGCAGUUCUUGCGAUUAAAACGGAUAAUAUGAGCAAGGCCAAGAAUACCAACUGGGGCAUUGUCGGUGCAUACGAAAAGUCACAAAGCCGAGUGAAAGGAGUCCUCAGAGGUCAAGACGUCCCUCCUGAUACUGAUGUUAACGAUGAUGGAUCACCUCACUUUGAGUUACGCGCGUUCGCUCCUAAGGAAAUUGCCACCAUUGAGGACCCCGUCACUGGUAGCUUAAAUGCUGGAGUUGGAAAAUGGCUAAUCUCGACUGGGUUAGCCCCUAGAAGUUACGUUGCCAGCCAAGGCACCUGCUUGGGAAGAGAAGGUCGGAUUUAUGUCUCUGCAGAUAAUGCAUUCGCAAAAGAUGGAGACGUUUGGAUUGCGGGUGAUACACGAGUGUGCAUCCAGGGAAAAGUUGUUCUCUGA